CUAUAUCAUGUGGUCGUUAGGGACAAGCACACAGCUCGUCUUAUCGUUGAAACGGGACUUCCUCAUCGACGCACAUUUGUGCCUUGGACAGAAGUUGUGCCUCGUCACUAUCAUGAUAUCGCGCAACGCUUCCGUCGUGCACAAGAGCUGGUGGGUUAUUGCAUUACAAACGCAAAAAUGACAUCUAACGAUGCCAUAAGAAAACAGCUGAUGUUUCUUUUGUUGACACGUGGUUGUGUUUGGAUGAGUUUUGUUGAUAUGGAGGAAGUAAGAAGUGUUGGCAGCAUGAAAGCAAAGCACCCGAGUUAUGACAUCUUUUCCUGA